AUGUAUCUACCACUAUUAAUAGAUAAACAAUUAAAUUUAACAUUUAAAACACAAUUACUUGAUACAAAUGAAGGUAUAUCAGGAGAUCUAUGUCAUAAAUUACAUACAGCUACAACAGAUUGUUUUCCAUUAAAAAGUAUAGAACUUCAUAAAAGAACAGCAAGUAUGACAAUAGAUUCUGAUAAUGAUGAUGCUAUUUAUAGUGCUCUUUGGUUACCUACAUAA